UGCUUUGUGGAAAACAACCGAUAAUUGAAUUAAAAGUUGGGAACGUUGCUUAGCGAUAACCGAGACAGUUUCAUCGAUCCAUCGAAUUAGUACACCUUCACAUACAUACAUGUGGGGUAUAUCGUGGUAUAUCGUUAGAUUAUCGUUGAACAAAUUCAGACGAGUCAACGUUGCAUUAGAAAAAAAUAAUGCGUAAGAGAUAGAUAAAUCGAUUUGUUCAAAAAUUUGAGCUAAUAAUUGUUCAAUCUGUAUUAUGAGUCUUAAAACAUUUGUAAAUAAAUCCGUCCCGACUCUAUACAUGACUGAAUUAUCUCCACCAGUUAGGUCAGUUUUAAUGACGGCUUACAUACUUGGUCUUCCAUUGUACAAGAAAGAAAUAAACUUAAUCUCUGGUGAGCAACGAAUGCAGGAAUAUUUACAGAUGAAUCCACAAGGAACGGUACCGUUAUUACAAGACAAGGAUUACUGUCUAUGGGAUAGUCACGCGAUAUCGGGAUAUUUGGUAGACGAGUACGGAAAAUCCGACAUGCUUUAUCCGAAAGAUUCGAGAAAACGUGCUCUAGUUGAUCAAAGAUUGCACUUCGAUACGGGAAUCCUUUAUCCGGAAUUUCGUAACAUCGUGCUGUUCGUGCCAUCGACGGGAAAAUAUCUCCAUCUGGAAAAUUGGUUGAGGACGUGCAAGAACGAGAUACCUGGGUACGAGGAAGUGAAUCAGCCUGGUCUCGACAAGCUCGUGGAUUACGUGAAGAUUCUCUUAAGAAAAUAAUAACUAAAUCUAUGGGCGUUUUUUGAAUAAAACAUACAAGCAAUUUCCAUUUUAUUAAUCGUUCCACGUAGCAUAUACAUGCGUAUACACACGCAUUACAAUUUACAGGAUUAUCGGCUUAUGGAAAGGGUUCUCAUAUACAUACACGUUCCAUCUCGUGGGAAAUACUUGAUUAUUGUUUACAAAUAUUUAUCAAGAAAAUCGGUUAACUUCAUGAAGAUUCAUUAAUUAUUCAACAUUUUCAUUAU